AGGGAUCUGACUGUGAGGUAUCAGACCCAUGACGUUUUAACUGUGAAGCUAUGGUGUUUCAGAGAUACGAUGCUUUUACACCGUGACACAGUGUCAAUACGGUGUGUUUAGGCGGAUGCUACUAUGGCAAAUCAUGAGAUGCAGAUAGUCAUUGCUUUGUACCUGUGUGUCUACGGGACGGGGAUAUUCGGACUCUCCUGUGACAAAGGUGUCAGCCACAGGGACGUCCUAUCCAGCUGUAUGACGUACAAUAGCCUGAACUCUCGUCAGUCGGCGCUGGGCGAGACACAACGCCUUCUGAUGGGUGUAGUUAAUCAGAUCCUCGCUGAGCUUGACUGGAGUUCCGUUACCGUCAUAUUUGAUGAUCAAACAGAAAUGUUUGUACGAAGUCUGUCCGAGGCAGUAGAAAAGACCAGAGUCACUGAGUGCCGCUUGCUGCACGUGCCUGACAGUCUCCAUGGCAACACAAGUCGUCAUGUCCGGUCAAAGCUUCUGGAGUUCUAUUUGGAGGAUGAAUCCCACCACAAAAACUUCCUGGUAGUUUGUGGUGGAGACUGCACAGUGGCCGUAAUGGAAAUUGCAAAUUCUGUGGACGAUAUAUCCUUGAAACGUACGUACAUGCGUCAUCAUGCGCGAUGGCUGCUGAUGGUAUCGGACAACGUCACUUCCGCUGUUGCCAAAGCUGCAAGUCGUCUAGAUCACGUGACAUGUAUAUUGGUGCCAUUUGACCUCAACCCAGUGCAAGAGACAAACAUCUCCCACACGACAUCACUUCGGGACAUAGCACUUCCUUUGAUGUCGUUGUUAUGGUUACCAGGGCGACGGAAUUGGAGUUGUGUUGGACAUAUAUCUGGAGACAAGUUUGUUGGGGAGGUGUUCCCAAACAUACCGCUGGGGUUCAAUCAGAGACAGUUCGUUAUUACAACCAUGCCGUGGCCAGGAUUUGUUAUCAAAUCAGUGUCGGGAACGAACACAACCUAUUCUGGAUUUUGCAUGGAUUUGCUGAAGGGUAUCUCUGAGAGGCUGAAUUUCACAUACCGCCUGGUAGAGCCGGCCGAUGACAACUAUGGGCGCGUGAGGAACGGCAGAUGGACGGGCCUUGUUGGUCAGCUUGUGCGACGGGAAGUGGAUUUUUCCGUUGCGGGACUGUCGUUUACCGUCGGCCGCGAGGCAGUGAUCGACUACGUGUCCACGGCGCUCAACUACGACUUCAAGGACGUCGUCUAUCGGAAGAUAGGGUCAGAUGAGGGGAAAUGGCGUCUCCUCCUUGACGUCUACCACCCCCUGGUACUUGGGCUGGGCCUGGCUACCUACCUUAUCGUCAGCCUCAUGUUGUUCAGUUUCCUGGCAGCGCCAUCGGCUUCAGGGACCUCACCAGCAGGACCACGCGCUCUUUACUCAUGGAAUCAUUCUGGUACAUGCUCGGAGCCAUAUUUCAUAAAGGUUCGUCCCCUUUAG